CUUCUUCGUCCUCUCAACUGCAACCGCUGCAGCUGCCGCAUCCAUGGAGGAUCCUACGCGAUGCUCUGUUAUCAUAGUCGGAGCCGGUAUUUCAGGAAUUACGGCGGCGAAAGUACUGGCGGAUAAUGGUGUCGAAGACGUGGUGAUAUUGGAGGCGGAGGACAGGAUUGGGGGCCGGAUAAGGAAGGAGCAGUUCGGCGGCGUGACGGUGGAGCUCGGGGCCGGUUGGAUUGCUGGUGUCGGGGGAAAACAGUCCAAUCCUGUUUGGGAACUUGCGCGCCAGUUUAAUCUGCGCACCUGUUUCUCCGAUUACAGUAACGCUCGUUACAAUAUCUACGAUCGAAGUGGGAAGAUAUUUCCGAGCGGUGUAGCAGCGGAUUCGUACCAGAAGGCGGUGAAUUCGGCUAUUCAGAACCUGCAAAACCAGAACCAAUUAGAUGCGGAUGCGGAUGCCUCUCAAUUUCAAACGCCGGCGUACGAACCAACCAACAUAUCAACUCGACUCUGUUCCUCCAUGAUAUUUAUUAGAACAAAUGCAAUUAUUAUUACCUUUUGCAGAGCUCCCAAGACCCCAAUAGAGCUGGCGAUCGAUUUUAUUUUGCAUGAUUUCGAAAUGGCAGAAGUGGAGCCAAUAUCGACGUACGUCGAGUUUGGGGAGAGGGAGUUUAUGGUGGCUGAUGAAAGAGGUUACGAGCUUUUGCUGUAUAAAAUGGCAGAGACCUUUCUUUCUACACUCGACGGCCAAAUCUCCGACCACCGCCUCAAACUAAACAAGGUGGUUCGGGAAUUGCAACACUCGAGAAACGGCGUUUCGGUUAAAACGGAGGAUGGUUGCAUUUACGAAGCAAACUAUGUGAUUUUGUCCGUUAGCAUUGGUGUUCUCCAAAGCCACCUAAUUUCCUUCUCGCCUCCUCUACCCAAUUGGAAAACGAAGGCCAUGAUCAAGUGUGAGAUAAUGGUUUACACCAAAGUAUUCCUCAAGUUCCCAAACAAAUUCUGGCCAUGCGGUCCUGGAAAAGAGUUCUUCAUUUUUGCACACGAGACAAGAGGCUACUACACAUUUUGGCAGCACAUGGAGAAUGCAUACCCAGGGUCGAAUAUUCUGGUGGUGACUCUGACAAACGGAGAAUCGAAAAGAAUCGAAGCACAAUCAGACGAAGAAACCAUGAAAGAAGCCAUGGACGUUCUGCGAAGCAUGUUUGGAGAUGAUAUUCCCGAUGCUACUCACAUUCUCGUGCCGCGCUGGUGGAACAAUCGCUUCCAGUGCGGCAGCUAUUCUAAUUACCCCAUCUACGCUAACGCCAACCAUCAACUCAUACGCGAUAUCAAGGCCCCCGUCGGACCAAUAUUUUUCACGGGCGAACAUACUAGCGAAGAUUUCAGCGGCUAUGUACAUGGAGGCUACCUAUCUGGCCUGGAUACUAGCAAUGCCAUUCUCCAGGAAAUAAGAAGAAACCAAGGGACCAUGUUUUAGGUCGUUGGAAAUAACGGGACUCUCGUUGCAAUCAGAAACAUGAUUCCGAAGAAACGUUUCUAGACGGAUCGCAAACAAAUGCGCAGACAUGUUUUCAAUUGUAGACAAAAUCAGAAUUCUAAGAUAAAAUCAAAGUCAGAAAAAGAAAGAACUAGAAACUAUAGAGAAAAAAAUUUUAAAAUUGGGAAACCGUACAUCCCAGGUUGAAUGUACUUGGAGAAAUGCGGAUUACUAGGUUAUAUCUACUGAAUGAUUAAAAUAGACUCUGAUAUCAUGUUAGAA